UCACGGGCAGGGUCGCGCGAUCGCGUCCUGCAUCCUUUGAUAAUAUAUUUAAUCACAAGAAUUUAAGAUUAGUUAUUGAAAAGGAAACGUGUACAAUGUGCAAUUGAUGUUCAACUUCUCCGAGAUAGCAUGUGAUCAUACAAUUAAUAUAUUAACGAAGAAGUCAAUAGGUUAAAACCUAACCUCUAUAUAACGAUAAAGUGAAAAAUGGAGCUUAGCGAACAGGAAUUAGAGUUAAUUCGUCAGGAGAUUAUAAAUAAUAUCCUCCAAGUGACCGCUCUGAUUCAGGAUAUUCAACAAUGUGCAGGGCCUAAGGAAUUGCUCAAUGAAUUAAAUAUUGAAGGGCGGGCAAAGAUAGCUCUUUUGAGAUCGAGUAUUAAUCGCCUGGCGGACGUUGCCGAGAGUGAACGUAAAGAAAAGAAGAAGAUGGAAUUGUUAUUAGAAGUGGAUGAUCACAGGCAACAAUUGACCGCUGCAUUGGCAGCUUUUCGGAAAGCUAAUGUGAUCAGUGCUUGCGUCAUCGACAAAAUGGCAAAGGAUGAACUCCUGUCUGUCCCUGAAGAACGGCAACAUGUUCUUCGAAAGCGGCGAGAUAAGCAGGGUUUGGUAAAAGCUUCAAGUCAAGUCACAGAUACGCUGUUUAGCAUUUCCAGAAAUCUGGCCGAGACGGUACAGAGAAGUGCAAACACAUUGGAUACUUUAAUAACGUCUUCGGACAAGGUGACGGGUACCAAAGAUGAACUCGAGCAUCAACAGCAAGUGAUAGCGCAAUCUGGAAAACUGCUGGGGAAAUACGGUCGGCGUGAAGUCACAGACAAAGCUUUAUUAAUGCUCGCAUUUGCUUUUUUCCUUGCCUGCGUAUUCUACAUUCUUCAAAAAAGACUUUUCUAAAGCUGGUCAAAAACUCUUCCUUGGAGAUGACUCCAUCUUUGUCGAGAUCCAUCUUCUUGAAAAGUCUACCGACGUGAGUGUUAACGGUCUGCUGAACAGUUUCCGAGUGUCUCGUAACCAUCUCAUAAAUGGCAGAUACUAUGACCAACAUUUCGUGCCUUGUAAUGAAUCCAUCGCCAUUUAAAUCAUACAUCCUGAUGGUUCGCGAGACAAGAUCACAACGAAAAGUUCAUCACCCGAUAUCUGAAAUCCCAUACUCACAAUCUCAUUAAGAAAUCAGUUGGAUACUCCGAAGCUUAGCGAGGAAGCAUUUAACUCGAAAGACAGAAAAUUCGAUCGGAAGUCAUCUCUAGAAACUGUCGGAAUCGCGAAUUGCACGCAACUGAGUCGAGCUAGAUAUCGCCACGAGAAGCCUUGGCUGAUAACGCUCGUACCGUGUCAAGAGUUCAAGGCCAUGAGGGUGAUAAUGGUGUUCCUGGCCUUGAUCGUCUGCGUCAUGGGAGCGCCCUGGCUGGAUCUCGUCUUCGGAGGGUCGCAAGAUUAUCGCUAUAACCAGAGACAGAGGCAUCGUCAAGGAAAAGGCGGAAAAGAACGGUGGAAGGAAAUCUGCAGGACGAUUAAUCCCGACAGCUUCGCCUAUCCAGGACAACCGCCCUAUCUUUCGUCUCCAGUUUGUCCCUGGUGAAGCAUUUAAACCAUGAAGUUGUAUAAGAAGAUACAACGCCAAGUAUUAAAAUCAUCCCUACCGUAGUGUUCCAAGAUCUUCAGAUUUUUCUCCGCUCUAGCGCCGAGAGCGCCCUCACGCUGAAAUUUUGCAAUUAAUAGUCAUCGACUGCUAUCAGGUCCGCUAGUCUUUAUCGCGUUAAAACCAUCACAUUCUGUAUAUCAUCCGCGGAUUGUCGUUUCGCUUUUCGUACCUUAAUUGCAAAAUUAAAAACGUUUUGGGUUAUUUACGUCCCUAGGAGAUGUUUCGGUUACGUAUAUCGGAGUUCCCUAGUUAUCCGCAAGCGGCGUUCGCGUCGUUAGAUCAGCGAAAAAGUCUGAGAUUCUGGGUCCCGAUUUUGGGGCCACUUUCUGUGAAACCGACCAUUUGCGUUACGUCUACUUAUACUACUUCAUGAUUUAAACGAUCUACGAGAAUUCUGACGCAUUCCGUCUCCUACGCCUGUAUAUAUAAGUCUUAACUUUUAUAAACGGAGGUUUUAUUGUAACAAUCUCGUAGACAUUACGUCUUAACGACUACUCUGCCUUAUCACCGGGUCGCCGGGAAAUCGGCGAUGGUUCUACGUAUAUUCUUACGUAAUGAACUGACGCACCGAUAAGGCACCGUUCAAGAUCGAUAUUUAAACGAUACUUCAUGAUACGAUGUGUAAUUGCCGUCCCUCGUUCCGACCGACAGGGAAAUUGAAUGAUUACUUUUGCAUGAUGCGGACUUAACAGCGAUCUGUUAAUUAUUUUACAUUAUUUAACAUGGCUCUCGUACGUAUUGUGUGUACGUUCGGGAUUACAUUCCUGUAAGUGAGGAUUAUCCAGGAUUUUCUCUAUGGAAGAUGAACGCUAGGAAAAAAAGAAUUCCUUCAGUGUAAUGGGGAAGUUUUCAGCGGCGAUCGAUUUCCUACCUAGGUACUUUCAGACACUAUCAGAACUGUUUAAAUAAAUUUAAAUCAUAGGA